AUGUGUCCCCAUGUGUGGGCAGAGCUGCUGGACGCCUUCAAGGAGUUCGACACGGACCAGGACGGCUACAUCAGCUACAAGGACCUGGGCGAGAUGAGGAGUGGGCUGGGUGGCCGCGUGGACUUCGAUGACUUUGUGCAGAUGAUGGGGCCGAAGCUGCGGGAGGAGACGGCCCACAUGGUGGGCGUGAGGGAGCUGAAGAUCGCCUUCCGGGAG